AUGACUGUUAUCAUGUCUGCCCCCAUCAUAUCUUUCUCAAAUAGCUUGAACUUCAGCGUCACGGUCUACGACUCAUUUAGUGAGGCUACCCAAGACGGGACAAAUUAUAUCGGCACCUUGACCUCAAUCGCAAUAGUACCGGCCAACACCACAGUUUCAGUUCGACUCAAACGACCAGCCUCGGUGCUGAUCGUCAGUAAUGCAACGUCCAAUGCCCCUUUGGCGCGGCUUACUUACUUAUCAGGUAUCAGCACCGGACCAUAUGGCGUGGGGCAAGCUAACGUCAACGCCAUGACCCAAACCAUGGACUUCAUCACCUUCAUCAACAAUAAUCAGAACGACCCGCUCACGGUGGCCUUCAGAGACCUCUGGAAAGAUUCCUCAAAGCCACAGGUCAAGCCCGUGAAUGACUUCUUCACCCAACAUCCAAUCUACGCGAGCUGCACCUUUGCGACCUAUAUGAUGGGCAUUGCAUACACCGCGGAGCAACCAGAGGCUAAAAGCAAGCCUUCAACGCAAGCUUUAUACUCGCUCAAGACUCUCGUACAGCUUCUGGGCGGAACCUGGCCGGUCUCGCUUCCGGACAUUGUCGUGACUAGCUUCACUUGUAAUACUACUAACAACGAUGUACUUGCCAUUCGAGCGGGGAUAGACCUGAAAAAGCUGCCUGCCCAGUCAGAUGAUGCGCUGCAAUUUUUCGGAUCACUGUUUACCGUCCAACAGCUUCAGAUGGCACUUACUAUCAAUUAUGCCUUCAAAUCGGGCAAUGUGGGCACUCACCUUUCUAUCAGCCUCGAUGCCAUGCACGUACCCUUCGGCGGCUCAGCCGUUUUGGCCAUCAACAAACCCACCGCUACAAUUGACAUCAACCCACUAUUCAAGUUCGUCAUCUUUGAAGUUACUGGCAACGUCCCGUUCAAUAUAUUCGGAAAGCAAUUCGAGGCCGAUGUGUCCAUGGUCAUCGACAACACCGAGGCCAACUUCAGCGUGGUGAUCGAGGGAGAUCAUUCCUCUCUUCCGGCCCCACCAACAAUGAAGGGUGUGCACUUUGAUACAUUUGGCGUAGGCAUCGGAGUCAUCUUUGAGCCACCGAGUGCAGCGAUUGGUCUAUCGGGUCAACUGCACAUUGGUGACUCUGGCAGCGGCCCUCUGACAGUACUUGACGAUGACAACUUCGUGGUCGUUUGCCAGAUGAUCGAAGAUGUCCCAACACCCCUCUACGUUUCCUUCUAUGUGUCUCAGAUGAGCCUGGAAGACGUGUUUACAAUCUUCACGAAUUCUCAAUGUCCUGUGGAUGUACCGGUGUUAUUUACCGAUCUAUCCUUCCAAUGGUCUGCAAACCCCAUGGAACCUGUAGUAUUGCCCGACGGGUCGCUUUCCAACAUGGACUAUGGCUUCAGCGCAGUUGCCAGCAUCUUUGACAUCAAGUUCUACGGCGACGUGGAAAUCGAUCUCACGAAAGGGCUGACAGCCAGCAUCCAGAUGGCUCCCCUGAAGCUCGGCAGCAUAUUCUCGAUAAUCGGAAAUGGCACCGGGUUUUCCGUCAAGGUGGAUACCAGCGGCAAUCCCAUCAAAAACAAUCAGCUUGUCACUACGGCAGCACAGAAAAAGGCGAUCGAAGAUGCUACGACGAAGAAUCUGGUGCAAUCGGGUGGCGCAGUGUUGGAGCUCCAGACGUCGGCCUCGCCCUUCCUGCACCUCAACGGUACUGUGAGUCUGUUCGAGUCAGGAAGUGUCAACCUGGAUGCCGACAUUACAGCGAGCGGCAUUACUUUCGACGUGGACUUCGGCGGGCUGCUAACCUCGAAGAUGAGUUGCACUUUGUCCGAUUCUCAAAACUUGAGCGCCGCGUUUGAGUACGGCAUCAAUGACACUAUAUCGCUACCUUCGCUCAGUGGGGUCGGUCUAGGCUCUCUUCAUUUGCAGGCAACGGCCGAUGCGAAUUUCGCACUAAGCACAAGCUCUUCGGACAUCAUCCUGCAAGUCUGGGGUAGCUUCGAUUUUGAGGGUGCAACCUGCAGUUUCGGAAAAUUCACAGUUGACGUGCAUAUUCAAAGCAUAAGCGAUCUCCUGUCGUCCAUUCUCAACAACAUCGAGCAAAACGCUGGGCAAGUGUUCAACAGUCUGUUGAGCUCGGCUGUUGCGUGGGCAGGCAAAGUUGAACAGGACAUCAUAACAGGGAUCGAAUCGGUGGCAGACGUCUUACAAAAAGCUUUCAACCAAGAUGCUGGAGAGGUAACAUCUACCAUGAAGGAAGCAGGCUUCGGCGCCGGGGAGAUAGCGGGGGGUCUCCACAGUGCUUUUGGCAUGGCACCACUGGAUAUUGCGCAACUUUUGCAGCAGAAUGGUUUUGUCGGCGGACUGGCGGCUUCGGCACUUCAAAGUGUGGUUGGCAAUGAUGCUGCGCCCAUAGUCUCCGCCCUAAAGGACGUAUACGGCUGGGUACCUAACCAAAUUAUCGACGCGCUGGGUCAUAUCGGCUUCAACACCAAUGACAUAAGCCGAGCCUUGGGAAUAUUGGGCGGCCUACCCAUCCAAUAA